GGAAAUUCCUCUAGUGUAUGUUUUAGCAAAACGGGUUUAGCUUUUUUAAAGAGUCGGUGCCGCUGCCAUAAUGGGUACGAAUGGCAGUAAGGCAUGUGCGAGGAAAGUGGACUGUUCUACAAGUAAUACUAGCUUAUCUGAUUUGAGAUACAUUGUGACUGAGAAGCCGAAAUGGAAAGUGUUCAAAAAGACAGAAAUAAAAGCGGUACCUAACCGCUGUCACGAAGGCCUGGUACCGGAUAAGGGGUGCAACUGCGGUAAAUUCGAGCCCUGCAGGCAACGGGUUACGCCGAAAGGCGUCACCAUACAUUACCCAAAGAAGACCAAAAAGAAUAAAAAACCGAAAUCUUUAAACAAGAAAGGUCAUUCGUUCAACUUCUCUCUCAACUUCGGGUCACCGCCGACCACCUUCAAUAAGUAA